AUCACUAUGCCUGGACCGAAGUACAACAUUCAGGAGAGUCAACUCGGUACAGGAGGCUAUAGCCGUGUUUUCCCUGCAACAGACAUGGACUCCGGCCGCGCCAUCGCUCUCAAGAAAUCUCGCUGCUCGCUCAUCAUAAAGAAACCACAUCUCCGGCACGAAACUCGUAUCCUUCAGCUUCUUCAGUCUCCGGGCCACCCCGCCAUACCCAUCAUCUAUGGAUACGUCCAUCUUCCACACUUUGAGUAUCUGGCCAUGGAGCUCCUUGGGCCAAGCGUUGCCAGAAUGCAGCCGGACGGGACUAUGAUUGCGCCUAAGACGGUUGUUUCUGUUGUACUGCAGACUAUAUCAGCACUUGAAUAUGUACACAAGAUGGGGAUCAUGCACCGCGACGUAAAGCAGGGCAACUUGAUGUGCACGCUCGACGACCCCUCGAAGAUCAAACUCAUCGAUUUUGGACUCGCGCGCAUGUUCUACAAAACCGAGCCUCGGAGAAAUGAGUCCGACACGGCCGCUGAGGGACCUCCUAGGAUAAUCGGAACUUUGCAAUUUGCUAGCUUGAAUGCUCACAAUGGUCUGCCACUUUCGGCACGAGAUGACCUCGAAUCGCUGGCCUACGUUGCUCUGAACAUACUCCGAGGCGAUCUCCCAUGGAGCAAUCGGCCGUGGCUCGAACCUGAAAACCUUGCCCAAGAGGGUAUUUUUGUUUCAAAACGCAAUCACACGGCGGAGUGUCUAGGAGCUGGAUUUCCUCCCGAGUUCGCGUAUUUACUGACUUACAGCCGUUCCCUCGCAUUCAAUCAACUUCCGGACUAUGAUCGUCUCACAGCGCUGUUCACGGCUUUGGGUAAAAGGCUAGGACUGCGCCCUGACAGUGCACUCGACUGGACUCCCCAGCCUUACUCUCGGCCACCGCGCAAGACUAAGAGGUAUUCCGGGCCGUUCGAAGAAUGGGUCGACGACGGCGAGCCGCAGAGGACGCCUAGCUAUAUGGCGCCGGACUAUGAGCUGUGGGAUACACAGGGUGCAGAGUGCGAGGAGGACCUUAUGUUGCCGGAGGAUGUGGAGGAGAGGAUGGAUGCUUUGAUUCCGAUUAUUGAAGAUGUUCAGCCUCGCUGGUUUUGAAUCAUUCCUUGCGGCGUUUUCG